GCGCAGAAGCCUUCCAGAGGGAACAGGAGUGUCUUCACGCCCUCGCACGGGCCGGCUCUGCGGGUCUCCAGGCCCGUUAGGAGCUCUUGGUGCCGUUCUGCCGGCCUUUCCCUGGCCUGGGCUUCUUGGCCGGGGUCCUGGCGCAGGCGGCAGAACCAGGUCACCCCCACCCCCGUCCUGUGGGGUAGAGCUGACUCAGUGUCCCCCUCCCUCAGGACAUGGCCUCAGCCUUGUGCUUCUCUCUGGGUACAGGGAAACGGGAAGGUCAAGGUCUCGGGCUCCAUCAGAGAGCUGACGGAGGGCGAGCACGGCUUCCAUGUCCACCAGUUUGGAGACAACACACAAGGCUGUACCAGUGCAGGUCCUCACUUUAACCCUCUGUCCAAGAGCCACGGCGGGCCGCAGGACGAAGAGAGGCAUGUCGGGGACCUGGGCAACGUGACGGCGGGCCCGGACGGUGUGGCCAACGUGCUCAUUGAGGACUCUGUGAUUGCGCUCUCGGGAGAGCAUUCCAUCAUCGGCCGCACACUAGUGGUCCAUGAGAAGAGAGAUGACCUGGGCAAAGGUGGGAAUGACGAAAGCAAGAAGACGGGCAACGCCGGGAGCCGCCUGGCCUGCGGGGUGAUCGGCAUCACCCAGUGAACGUCCCCUGGGCGUGUCUGCGGCCUCAGAACGCCUGUUGUCUCCUAGUUGUAGAAGUUUCACCGAUAAACAUUAAACACUAACCUUCAAAGUGUAAUUUGUGUCUUUUUUAAAAAACUGCUUUAAGUUCCUGUAAUGUGACUUAUGACCACUGGAAGACUUGUAUGAUUGUGUCAAUCUCAUUCCAUUAAAAUGUGUCUCAAUGA